AUGACAAACAGAAAGUGUAGCGUUAUAGAGGCAUGGUUGGCGAAGUUCUAUAGAGAAGACUAUACAUUCUUUAAGGACAUUACUGCAGGAUUUGAAGCAAAUUUUCGGCCCAGACAUGGGUUUGUAGAAGGUCGCAUUGAGACCUACGGUUUAGAAUGGGAUGAGCAGGGUGAACGGCCGUCCGAGUUGGAAACGUCGUCUAAGGCCAUGCACGGUAACUGA